AAACCCGAAGGCUUCAGAUAUUCAUUUCUGAGCCUUCUUCACCUCUUUCCAUUCAUUCCAUCCAAGAUUGCAAAACCCGGCGUCGAUGUCUGAUCCCGGCGACCAUGACCUCACGUCGGCAUUGCUAUCACCGCCGAAGGAACCAACCGAUGAGAGGAUCAGUAUUGAUGAUAUGCUUCAGAGAUACACGGGCGAGUUUGGAUCGUGGCAAUUCAGGCACUUCGUUCUCACAAGCUUGGCCUGGGCCUUGGAAGCUUUCCAUACCAUGGUCAUGAUUUUUGCAGAUCAUGAACCUGCCUGGAGAUGUACUCAGGGUGAAGCAGGGUCGAGUUGUUUUGAUCAGUCGAUGCGGAAGGAUAUGUGUGGAUUGGAACCCACAUCGUGGGAAUGGGUCGGUGGUUCUGGAAGCUCCACGGUCUCUGAAUGGGGUCUCAUCUGUGAACAUAAGUACUUGGUGGGUUUGGUUCAAUCUACUUUCUUCGCCGGCUGUAUGAUAGGUGCAGGAGUAUUUGGUCAUCUUUCAGAUUCAUUUCUCGGAAGGAAAGGUUCUCUAACAGUUGUUUGCAUCAUAAAUGCUAUUUCUGGGUGUUUGACGGCAUUAGCUCCAUCCUACUGGGUCUACAUUGCUCUUCGUUUCCUAACUGGCUUCAGCACUGGUGGGGUGGGGCUUUGUGCCUUUGUACUUGCCACCGAACCUGUUGGCCCCUCUAAGCGUGGUGCCGCAGGAAUGUCAACAUUCUACUUCUUCUCCACAGGCAUUUCAAUUCUUGCAGCCAUAGCAUAUGUGUUUCGGUCAUGGCGUGUUCUUUAUGUUGCUUCCUCUCUUCCUUCCAUCCUCUUUCUACUAAUGGUCAUCCCCUUCAUUUCUGAAUCCCCUCGGUGGUACCUCAUUCGUAGAAAGGUCAACCAAGCCAUGAAUGUCAUGCGUAGCAUCGCUCAAUGCAAUGGUAAACAUCUUCCUGAUGGAGUUCAGCUUGCUCUAGACGAGGAUAUCAAUGACAAAACCUCAAAUGGUUUCAAUAACAAGGAAUCAACAACUGAGGCUGUUACAGGUUCCCUCUUUGAUGUCAUUCGAUCGCCUGUUACUCGGAUGCGCCUAUUUCUAACAGUUGCCAUCAGCUUCAUGUGCUCUGUUGUAUACUAUGGAUUGAGCCUGAACGUCGUCAAUCUUAAAACCAAUCUUUACCUCAGUGUAAUCCUUAAUGCUAUUGCAGAGAUGCCAGCAUUCACAUUAUCAGCAAUUCUGCUGGACAGGUUUGGACGGAAGCCAUUGGCAAUAGGGACAAUGUGGUUUAGUGGAUUGUUCUGCUUGGUGGGGAGUUUAGUUGGGAACAAUGGCAUAUGGAGGUUGGUGCGGAUGGUUUGUGGAAUUUUUGGUAUAUUUGGAAUGGCUGCAACCUAUAAUUUGUUGUUUAUUUACAUAGCUGAACUGUUUCCAACUGUUGUUAGGAAUGCAGCCCUUGGGUGUGCAACUCUAACCGGGCAAAUGGGAGCAAUAUUAGCACCAUUGGUGGUGGUUUUGGGUGGGGGGUUUCCAUUUGCAGUAUUUGGUGUGUGUGGAAUUGCUGGCGGUUUGCUUUCAUUCUACCUGCCAGAGACUUUGAACCACCCAUUGUAUGACACCAUGGCUGGAAUAGAGGAUGGAGCUAAUGUAUGGAGAGGGCCAUGAAGCUGUUUUCUGAUCAUAAGUUGGAUGUUUCUUACACCAUUUUUGUUAAUCUCUUUUUAAGAGCCAUAUGCAACAAGAACAAAUUUCAAUACCAUAUGUUCAUGUGUAAGGUAGUCAAUUAUCUUCAACAGUGCCUCUAUUCUGGUUUUUGGAUUCACAUUUUUGACAAACAUGAAUUAAAGCUCACACCAUAGUAAGA